GUUUUUGUCUUGAGCUGAUUUUAUGAUGAAUAAAACUGUCAGCUGGCUUUACCUUUGGAAUUCUCAUCAGCGGUUUACCUAAUUAACAAAGAGCGGUUGACUUUGAAUUAUACAAGUAUAUCUUCUUCAUACAUCUCAUAUGCAGGAUGUCUACCUCUCCACAUGAACUACACCUCCAAUUAUUGGCCUUGCUCUUCAUAUUAGCAGGGCUUGUUCAUAUCUGUUCAGGAGAUGUUGGCACAGCAGGCCAAUAUGCUCCCCCAUAUCUGCCAACUGCCUGCUAUGGAAACGAUGUGUCUGAGUUCCCAUCAAGCAACUUCUUCGCGUCGGCCGGAGAGGGGAUAUGGGACAAUGGGGCAGCUUGUGGGAGGCAGUACCUGGUGAGGUGCAUAAGCGCAGUGGUGCCCAUGACAUGCAUAGCAGGGCAGACCAUUCAGAUUAAGAUCGUUGAUAGAGCGGUUACAUCGGUGUCUAGGCCUUCAAGGAAUGGUGCAACCAUGGUGCUUUCCACCACUGCAUUUGGGGCUGUGGCUAAUGCUUCUGCAUCAUCCAUUAACAUAGAGUUUCAACAGGUCUGAAUCGGACAACACAACUCAUUCUUAACGUUGUGGAAGGGGAAAGGGUCUGAAUCGGACAAUGGAACUCAUUUAUAACGUUGUGGAAGAGGGAACUGACCUUCUGUUUCUAGAACUUCAUAUGGAGAAAUGUCAAUGGCUUGAGUGGUCCGCCAUUGAUUUAUUGGAACGAUAGAAUGCCUUUCUGAAUGUUCAGCACCUAAUAAAUUGAAUAGGAUUUAAUUCUAUUUAUUUUUCUGAUGGACUUUCUCUCCUGUGUGGUGCAAAUUCAAUACCUGCCUCAUUCUUGAUUA